AUGUGCGAGAAAAUCAUCCAGUACGACUGUGGCCACAUGUGCCGCCGCGCAAUUCGCUGCAUCGAACAGCAACCGAAAUACCACCAGUCGGUGACUUGCUUCUCUGGCCUCGCCUACGCCUACGAACCAGACCACCACGAGACUCCCAAAUUUGAGCGGCGCGCUACCCUCUGCCCAAAGUGCGAAGAAAAAGGAAAGGGUGGUGAGGUGUAUCAUAACGGCGUUCGACGAGCAAGCGCUCCUCCGAUCGCGACAAGGCAGAAUUCGAUGCUGGUCCAGGAAAAGGAAAAGGAAAGGGAAAAGAGCACAAUGACCAAGGUGAGUGCCAGCCUUGGCCGAUCCAACUCCAAUCCUGAACGGCCUCCCUCCCAUCGUCUGAGGCGAGUCCGGGAUACGGGCAGUAGCUCACUGCGCAACGAGUACAACCGUCUUGAACCAAGCCUCCAACGACAUCCAGAACCACGCCUCGAACCACGCUCUGAGCCACGUGCCGAGCCACGCCUCGAGCAACGUCUUGAACAUCGUCUUGAAUCACCCCGGAAUAACGGCUUUGAAGCCCGUCGCGGUCGAGCGCACCGUCCAAGGGACAUCAUCACGCGAGGUCUCGAGUUGGACUCGUUUGCGUCUGCAUAUGUUCCGUUCCGUGAAAGAACACCAACUAGCCCCGACAGCUUUACAGGCCUGCUAGAUUACGCCGAAAGCACACACAACUUGUCCAGUCUUUCUCUCGGCGGACUCCGCCGUUCGACUUCGGUGUUAAAGGCGCUCCAAAAGGGCCUCGAGAGGAAGACUUCGGACGAAUCAUUCAUCUGUGCAUCAGCAAGAGAAGUAGAGAAAGGCGAAGGAUACGAAUAG